AUACUUUUUCUCCUCAUUAGCGGAUAAAAAAAUAAUCAUAAAUACACAAUGACGAUUCAUUCUGAUAUAAUAGAAUGAAGCAAAAGACAGUUUGGUGCAGUCACAGUCGCAUUCAUCUCGCUUUCGUAUGAUUUCGCUUUUAUUUUCGAAAAUAUAUAUAAUCCCAAUAAUCCGGAAAACUCUCGAAUUGUUCGCUUUUUUUAUUAUUUAUCGAAUCAUUCAUCGAUGUGAUGAGAUUAAUCGGGAUCGUGUAUUUGCUGUCGUUUUACAAUCGUCUUGAUACGGCGUCGGCGAAUAUAACUCCUGAGUCAAGUAUGUUUAUGAGGACUAGCCAAAAUGAAUUGAACAAUACUGAACUUAAUCCUGAUGUCGAUCUCAACACGCUGGAGGUAAUAAGAAGGGCGGGUUAUCCCGUGGAGGCUCAUGUCAUAACGAUGGAGGACGGCUAUCUCUUGACGUUACAUCGAAUCCCAGGUGGCCACGAUUCCUUACCUGUAUUGUUACAACACGGUCUUUUCAGCAAUUCCGCACAGUGGGUUGUUCUUGACAAAGACAAAGCAUUACCUUACCUAUUAGCGGAUCAAGGAUAUGAUGUUUGGUUAGGCAAUUUUCGCGGUAAUACUUAUUCAAGAGCGCAUAUUUCUUUAUCUCCGUCGGACUCGACAUUUUGGGAUUUCAGCUUCAACGAAAUGGGCAUCUACGAUUUACCCGCGACGAUUACAUUUAUUACAAAUAUGAGAUCGCAAUCACUGUAUACCUACAUUGGUCAUUCAAUGGGCGCAGCUAGUUUUUUCAUAAUGGCAUCAGAGCGUCCGGAAAUCGCUCGAAAGGUGCAAAUGAUGAUCAGCUUUGCGCCAGCGGUUUUCAUGAAUCAUAUGGAAAGUCCGUUACAAUACUUUGUCCCUUUCACGAGGGAGUUGAAGAUGAUAAUGCAGUUUUUCUUCAAUGGUGAAUUUCUUCAAAGCGAUUUAGUAAAAUUUUUUUUUAAAUACGUCUGCGACGAGAACAUCACCGGAGAGUUUUGCUCCAACGUGUUGUUUAUGAUGUUCGGUCAAGAUCGCGAGCAGCUUAAUAGCACUCUGUUGCCCUUCAUUCUGAGUCAUUCUGGAUCUGAAACCUCGUUUAAAACGCUAGUACACUUCGCUCAAGAAGUCCGGUCGGGCAAGUUUCGCAAAUACGAUUAUGGUAGAGCGAAAAAUCUGUUAAUCUAUAAUUCGACGGAACCUCCGGACUACGAUCUCGCGAAUAUCACGACACCAAUCGCGUUGUUUUAUGCCGACAACGAUUUGGGGGUUAUCGCAGAGGAUGUGAAGAGGUUAUACCAUUUACUACCCAACAUAUUGGAUAUGUACGAAGUACCGUGGUCCAAAUUUAAUCACACUCUGUUACCCGUCAUCUUUAGUCAUUUUCCGGCCGGUGGUUCAUUUGAUACGCUAGUACAAUACGUUCAGGGAUUUCAAUCGAACAAGUUUCGUCAAUAUGAUUACGGUAGCGCAAGAAAUCUAUUGAUCUAUAACUCGGUGGAACCUGCGGACUACAAUCUAGCGAAUAUAAUGAUUCCGAUUGCGUUAUUUUACGGCCCUGGCGACACCCUAGAUAAUAUCAUGGGUGUGAAGAAACUUUACCGCAUGUUGCCCAAUGUAGUGGACGUAUAUGAAGUUCCAUGGCGCAAUUUCAAUCAUGUGGAUUUUAUAUGGGCCAAAGAUGCGCGGAAACUCGUAUAUGAGAGAGUUCUCAGGAUCAUGAGAAGCGAGAAUUCAAAUAAUGUUACAUCAAUGAAGAAAUGUUACGCAGGCAAUUAAAAUAAAAGAUGAAUGUUACUCGCUAAACUUUUAGUUAGAUAGAUACAAUUGAGGGUAACUGUAAUCGUCAAACUACAAUGAAAUGUAUCUAAAGAAACAAAUUUUAUAAGAAUUUAGUAUUAUUUAAAAUUUGGACAAAAGCGAAUUAGAAUAAUAGUUUUUAAACAAUAGUUUUUUUGGCGAAUUUUGGACUUGUUGCGAUAAAUCGUAAAAAUUGCGUUAUGAUGUAAGAAAUACAUUUAAAUUAUAAUAUAUUAAUAUAAAGACGAUAAGAGAAAGAUGUUAAAUAAACAAUUAUAAUAUUUAAA